AGAUGAUUUUCCUGCUGCCUGCUGCAAUAGAGCUGGGAAAUUCAAAAACUCUGUUGAUGAGUGAGAAGAAGAACAGAAGAAUGAACAAUAGAAUGAUGUACACGCAUUCAAAGGCAGCAUUUAGUCUCCAGUGCAACAGGUCAGAGACUUGAUUAUUCAAGGGCAGAUGGACCUUCACAUAAACACAGCCUCCUUCAGCUUAUUGGAAGUUUGAGAAAACACUGAGCUGUCGCUGCUCUCAGUCAUAAUUAGCAGAAUUAGGACCACCUCCUCUCACAGAUGAGCGUGUGGACACAGUCACGCUUGCAUGAUCCCAAUUGGCUGAAACGCAGACCAAUGAGAAAGAAGAGCGCGAGGGGAAACAUGGCGAACCAAACAGUGCAGUGGCAGUCAAAGAGUUUAUGUCAUCGGUAAUUGAAAUGAUGUCCACGAUACCCUGUAAUAGUGAAAUGAGUGCGUCGUGUGAGUGGACUUCUCACAAAAGGACUGUAUCGAGCCUCAUCGGAAGUCGUGUGGUGAAGAGGCCGAAGCAGGACGAUGGCCCACGGCUGCAGGAGGCUGCGAUCCAGCUGCUGGAACAGCAUCAGGACCUCAGCACUCUGCUGCGGGAGGUGGAGACUUCAGCUUUGUGCAGCACUUCAUCCUCUCAGAAGAAAGAGGAGCAACAUGCACCAUGUGAAGGCAUCGCAGUUGCCUUUACAGGGUCGCUGCUGGUGUGGGAGCUGAGGCGUCAGGCCACACAGCUGGGUGUCCCAGUGGUGGUGCUGUCAGUGAAGACGGUGCUCGAGAGGCUGAUGGAGAUUGAAGAAGACGAUGAGGAGAAGGGGAGAGAGCUGCUCACCCCCUCUCAGAGAGUUCGUCUGGGUGUUUUACUGAAGUCCAGUAAGGACCUGUUAUCACAGGGAGCUCUCAGUCCUAAACUGCUUUGGCAGGAGUACAGGAGAGAGCAGAGGCAACCGAAGCUGGAAGUAGUGUACCACCUUCACUAUCACAGCAUCCUCAGCCUUCAGAUGAUUUUACAGAGUGAUGAUGGGGUGAGGUCGUGGUUGGUGUCUCAGCUGAAGGCUCUAUGCAGCUGGAAACCUCCAGAGGAGGAGAAGGACACCAGAGCAGUUCAACAGAAAGUGUUUUCAAUGGUUGCUGAAGUCUUGGUGGGAACAGGCUUUGAGCAGAACCAGGAGCCAGCAGCUUCAGACAAGAAGACCUCCCUGCUCUGCUGCUCACUGCUUGAUGAUAUGCUCUGCUGGCUUCUGGACACUGUGAACCAAUCUCUCACGCAGACAUCUGCUGGAGUGGGGGCUGAGCAAUGGAUUCAGAUAUUUGACACGUCCUUGUGCGGCGUCUCCGUGUCGGCGGACGGCCUGCAGAGGUUCUUCACACACUCCCUCACACAGACGCUUACCUACAAGCCUCGACUGACAGUGUCAGAUGCCAUCACUCAGCAGAACGAGUGGACCUUUGGGAAAGCUAGCGGGCUGCUGACGUCUCUGCUCCGUAAGCUGGCUGUGAUAUUCAGUGAGGAGCUGCUGCUGCGUCACCUGCAGCAGGUUUUGGAAACCAGUGAGGUCAACUGGAAACACGUGCUGUGCUUCCUGUCCACUCUACUGGUUUACAGCCCCCAGGCCCAGCCCAGUCUGACAGAGCUGCUGUCCAGGCUGCUGGCCUCGGCCUUUGAGGGCUAUGACUUGGAGAACAUGAUCAUGGCCUUCUUGCUGGCCCGACAGGCGGCCUUGGAGGGACCCAGCGUCUUCACUUCCUACAGCGACUGGUUCAAGAUGUGUUUUGGUGGCAGCAAUAGUUGCCAUGCAACCAGUAAGAAGUCACUGGUGUUUCUGCUGAAGUUCCUGUCUGACCUGGUUCCGUUUGAACCCUCCCAAUACCUAAAGGUUCAUAUUCUCCAUCCUCCCUACGUACCCAUGAAACAUCGCAGUCUCCUCAUGGAAUACGUCUCUCUGGCCAAGACCAGGCUGGCUGACCUGAAGGAAUCCGUGGAAGACAUGGGCUUAUAUGAGGACGUGUCUGGAGCAGAUGGAGCGUCUGUGCCGGAUGUGGAGAAGGCAGUGUCUCUGUUUGAGAGCACAGGAAGGAUCUCUGCCACCGUGAUGGAGGCCAGUAUCUUCCGCAGGCCGUACUUCCUGACCAGGUUCCUUCCUGCCCUGCUCACACCAAGGCUGCUUCCUGUGAAAGCUGAUGCUCGGAUGACUUUCAUAGAGGCUUUGAAAAAAGCAGACAAGAUCCCUGCUGCUCAGUAUUCAUCAUACCUGGAAUCCUGUCAGGGACUGAGACAGCAGGACAGGAGCACCGUGUGUUUGGACACCACCCAGCCUCCUGUGGACGUCCUGAGGGCCCAGUUCCAGACAUUCACUGCACUGACUGUGGAUGGAAGUGAUGGAGAGAUGUCAGCUCAGCUGUCCAGGAUCGCUCACACGCUGAGCACCGUCUUCUCCGUUGGUCCCGAGGAGCCGGUUGAACAAACGGUCAUCAGACUUCACCAAGAGGGUCCUCUGUCUCCUGAGCUUCAUGUCAAAGUCAUCAACAUGCUCCUGAGAUGUUUCUGCCAGUGUGUGUUAGACACAUCUCUAACAAAUCCUCCUAAUAAACAAAGCACGUGGGCGUCCAGAUUUGUCAGUGUGCUGCUUGGCAAAAAGCAGCUGCUCUCCAGCGUCCUGCACAGACUGUGGGACCUGUUUCAUAACCAGGGCUCAUCGCUGAGUGCCUCUCAUUUACUGGGCCUGGCAGUGUUUGUAGUCCACCUCCACUCCUCUACGUCCCACAGUCCUCUGAUUGUGCUCAUGCCUCCAGCUCCACUACAAGCAGCAGCUGUUGGAGAAGUGCUUCACUCAGCGCUUGUCUGCAGCACUCGCACUAACAUGCUCCUCUGUGUUCAGUUGUCUGUGGCAGCUGUGUGUUAUGGCAUCUGCAAAGGGGAAAGUCUUCCUCAGCAACAGCAGCAGGAAACCAUUCCCAGCACCCUCUAUAAGAAGCUUCUGUACCUCAUCCCACGACUAUUGCCUGAAGCCAGAGCUCCCUUCAGCCCUGGUGGCUCUUUGAAUGAACACCACGACGCGGAUGGUCUGUGGAGCAGUGUCACAGACCCCAGCGGCACCUGGAGGACGACAGCUUGGUCCCUGUGGAGGCACUCUGCCUUCCAGCAGCUGCAACACAUCCCAGGGUAUCAGUUGUUGUUCUGUGACUGGCUGGACAAUGAGCUCAGAGUCCAGAGGAGUGAAGAUGCUCUGUGUGACUCAGAACGCCAGGAGUACCAACAGUGGGCGUGCUUGGAGCUUUAUCUUCCGCGUCCAGAGCAGCAGGGAGGCUGUGGAGGAGACACAAAGCUCCUGUGUUCUCACCUCCUGAAAGCUGUCAUGAACCAGCAGCUAUGUGAGCCGAGCUCCGUUACAGGCACCUGUCUGCCAGACAUCCUGUCCAGAAUACAGGAACUGCUGUAUGAGUUGGAAGUGACAGAGCUCUCCAGCUGCCGAAGGAGCCGAGCUGACGUGUGCGACCUCCUCUUUGACCUGGUGUCUCAGAGAUGCUCCUCUACAGUCGACUCCGCUUCGCUGCACUCCGCUGAGCUCAGCCUGCAGCACACGCUCCACACGUGGAACAGGCUGCUACUGGCUCUGCCUUCAGCACUGUUUGUUACGGUGAAGGCUGACAGAGGACGGACGACUCUGGACUGCAACAAACUUAUAGAACAUAUCAACCAACACCAGAGGGAGGCGUGUUCUCCAGCCAGCUCACUUUCCCCUCGAGUAACCGCGCACUUCCUCAGAGGUCUGUUAUGUGCUAGUGUACGGUGUAGAUCCCCUGGGGAGGAACUGAACAAGGCCUGGUGUCAGAUCAGUCUCCACUGUCCUCUGCUCCUCAUCUCCACAGUGCGUUGGUGGCAGCGUCUGUCUCCAGUGCUGAUGUCGCUGUGGACCCGUCUCUGCGAUGGAGAGCCUCUACCAGAGCAGCUGCAGCUCAUCUCCAGCUGUCACCACUGGGCUUCCAGGUUGGAAAAGGGGCUGUCAGCGUUUCCUGUGCCUGCAGCUCCAGCUCUGCUACUGGCAGCAAGCCUGCAUUGUCAUAAAGGGGCCAGCGAGGGCUUCCGUGUUGCCCUGACUAUGCUGAACCCAGAGGGAGGGGUAGAGUGCAGACAGUUGCUAGUGUUGCUGCUUUCCCUCUGUGUGAAUGACUAUCUGUCAACACUCCUCUAUUCUAAGGAGAAAACCACUGCAGAAGCCUGGCGCCUGUGCACGGACCUCCUGACUGUGUUGGUGGACUAUGCUGACUGGCUGCUCAUCUUUAAGUCUGAUGAACGAGGUGUUUGUCAGCUGGUUACCAUGGUGACACCAGAUGCAGUUGCUCGACUGAUGCCCUGGGCUUUCUACAGUUUGCUGCUCCAGCAGAGUCGUGAUCUGCUGCAGAGAGCCAUGCGCUGCCCAGGUUUCCUUCAUACCGCUGUUCUGUGCUACAUCAAGCUAAUGCAGCUUUUUUUGGAUGGACACGUCCCCACGUCAACGACCGAGCCUGAACAGAAGGUGGAGCCUUCACAGAUUCUGAGCAACAGCAAAGAGUUUGUUCUGAGAGUGAUCGCGCAGACGCCUGCCACCGCUUUGUCAUCCGGUCAGCUCAGAAAGCUGGAGUCCCAGUGUGCAGACCUGGACCCAGAGGUGGCAGCUGCUCUGUCUGUACACCUCAGCCCUCACAGCCUGAGCCCAGAGAUGGACUUUAUUUGACCACCAGGACCGAUGCACUUUACUGUCUUAUAUAAAGACAUGAUCCAUCCACACAUCUUCACAUGAAACACAAAUGUCUUGGUUAAAACAAAUACAUUUUUAUUUACACAUCUUUUUGUACAUAAUACACACAGGACGUUAUUUUACACCAGUGCAGCUGAAGCCCUUUCUCUGUUUACAGUACACAGUAGUAACAGUGGCCUGAUCCAACUGAACCUAGUCCUUGAAAACAUGAAAUACCUGUCCUGUACAUGUAUUCUGGUAACAGUACUAGAGGGGUGUAGGAGUAUUGCAUUAUAUACAUUAAACCAUCAUCGUUGCUG